GUUGCCAGCUACCAUCACUCCCCAUGCUCCUAAAUUCAAACACUCUCACCUCAAAAAAUCACUCAUCCGUGACUUCUGUGAUAUGAUCAAGCCAGUAAAGGGUCUGUUCAGAAGAGGAAUAUAAUGAUCCAAGCAAAGGGUCAGAAAGAUUCUCCUCUUCCGACCACCGGCGCCUCACCGGCGGCGGCGGGGAAGAAGAGAAAAUAUGGUCUAGUGUCUUUUCAAGAACUGCCGGAGUAUAUGAAAGACAAUGAAUUUAUUCUCAACUAUUACAGGGCUGAAUGGCCCCUCAAACAAGCUCUCUUCAGCAUUUUCCGGUGGCACAAUGAAACUCUCAACGUCUGGACGCAUUUGAUUGGGUUUAUUCUGAUUGUGGUAUUGGUUGUGGCCAAUUCUGCCCAUAUACAUCAGCUUGCAGAUUUCAUGACAUUCUUGAGGAACUUACCUGCUAGUGCAGAUGCAAAUACAUCUCUGAAUUCAAAGGAUGCUUUCCAGGUGCCAGCUCAAGAAUCACUGAUGGACAUGAAAUCAGCAGAAGGGAUAGUGGUUGCAGCAACAUGGCCAAUGUAUGUGUUCUUAGCAGGUUCGAUGUUCUGUUUUCUGUCGAGCAGUGUUUGCCACCUCUUCUGUUGCCACUCCCAACCCCUAACCCUUUUACUCACACAAAUGGACUAUGUGGGGAUAACUGUCAUGAUAUCCACCUCCUAUUUCCCUCCAAUGUACUACAUUUUCCAGUGCUCCCCGCCCUGGCACAUCGUCUACCUAACAGGGAUCUCAAUCAUUGGGGUCGUCAUUAUCCUCACUCUCCUCACCCCCGCCUUUUCUAGUGGGAAAUACAGGUGGUUUCGCGCCUGUCUGUUCCUCGCCAUGGGGCUGUUCGGCCUGAUCCCUGCAGUCCAUGCUAUGGUUGUGUACUGGAACGACCCUUACAGGAAUGUGACACUUGCUUACGAGGGAGCCAUGGCGUUGUUUUAUAUUGUUGGGACUAUGUUCUAUGUCAGUAGAAUCCCGGAGAGAUGGAAGCCUGGGGCUUUUGAUUUGGCUGGCCAGAGUCACCAGAUUUUCCAUGUGUUUGUGAUCCUUGGUGCAUUGGCACAUUAUGGUGCUGCUCACAUUUUCUUGGAAUAUCGUAGCAGAUUGGGGUGCCCCAGAGUUAGAUGAUUUGUUUGUUAGUUUACGAGAAAAAACGUAUCCCACAUUUUUCCAUUCUGUUCUCUCGAUCCAAUUGAUAUGAUCUAAAUGUUCCGCUCUUUCAUUGGAAACAUCAUGGUUGACAUCAAAGGAAAUUCAUAUAUUUUAUAUACA